AUGAGUGCAAAGAGUUUUCCUCCAGGGAAGGUUGAUCUAAUCUAUUCCAAAUCAAAAGUCUACGUACAUCCAAAUAAGAACUCCAAGGAAAACAUACCAGGUUUCCUAUAUUUCAUAAAGGAAUCUUCAAUUUCAACAGAUAGAGAACUAUUAUUUGGCUGGACACCUGAACAUUACCUAACUCAAUCAGAUUUAGAAGUUUUCCAAAAAGUUGAUUUGGAUUCAAUAAAUGUCAAUUUGCCAUCCAAUUUCAAAAAUCAUCAUAAUUUUAUCAAGAGACCUUCCACGUUUGGAUCUUUUUCAUUUAGUAUAAGUUUAGGAAACCUUUUCAGUAUACAGAUCCGUCCACCAUCUCUUGGUUGGUGGUAUGGCUCAAUCAUUAUCAAUACAAGAAGUUCAAGUGAUAAAUUACCUGUUGUAUUUUUCCAUGAUGAUGAAUGUCCAAGUACACAACGUGAACAAAGUUUGAAAAAUAAAAACUUCGAUCCAUUUGGUGAUGAUAAUGGAUUAUUUUGGGGUGGUUUACAAAUGUUGGAUUUUUUGAAAAACGUUGCAGUUGUGGAGAAGUCAAGUUUAGAAAAUAGUAUAUUGUUGAUUAAUCCAACUUUAAUGGAUUUGAAUAAUUUCAGUCCAACUAAUAUUGCUGAUGACAAUAAUGCGAAAAAGAAUCCUUUUGAUUUUAAGAAGAUGUUGAAUGAUGCAAGAUGGUCUGUAUUGGAAACUUUAGCUCGUGUAACAAAAUUCACCAAGAAAUCUGUUGAUAAUGUUCUUGAUGAAAGUCCAUUACCUAUUAAGAAUUUGUUAAAGAAUCCUGAAGUGCAAAGAGUUAAUGAUGAGUUUGAUACUGCAAGAGUUUAUUUAGCUAAAUGGGCAAUGGGGGUUCAAGAAGAGGCUGAAAAGACUAGAAAGCAAAUAAUAUUGGAUGAAAAUUCAAGAGAUUUAUUAUCUAAAGAACUGGGAUUAAAUUUUGAUAAAUUAUUGCCAGAAGAGAUUCUACAAGCACAUGAACGUCAUAGAGAAGUUAGUAAACAAGAAUGGGAUUCAUUUUUCGAUCAUACGGGAAGAUUAUUGAUUACUGUUAAUGAAGUUAAGAAUAGAAUUUUCCAUGGUGGGUUGAAUCAAGUUGUCAGAUCUGAAGCAUGGUUAUUUUUGUUGGGAGUUUAUCCAUGGGAUAGUUCAAGUGCGGAAAGAUAUGAAUUGAAUAAAGUUUUAAGAAGAGAUUAUGAAACUUUGAAAUCUAAAUGGCAAGAUGAUAAAGAGAUUCAACAAGAUGAAUAUUAUAAGGAUCAAAAAUUUAGAAUCGAGAAAGAUAUACAAAGAACUGAUAGAAAUUUGGAGAUUUAUAAGAAUCAUGGAACCGAAGAAGGAGAAGAUGAAGGUGAUGAUGAUGAUUUUGAUGUUUCUAAUGUUAGAAAUCCACAUUUGUUUAAACUUCGUGAAAUUUUGUUAACUUUUAACCAAUAUAAUGAUAAAUUGGGUUAUGUUCAAGGUAUGACUGAUUUAUUAUCACCAAUUUAUGUUACAUUACAAGAUGAUUCGUUGAGUUUCCAUUGUUUUGUUAGAUUUAUGGAUCGUAUGGAGAGAAAUUUCCUAAGUGAUCAAUCUGGAAUGAGAGAUCAAAUGAAUACAUUGAAUGAAUUGGUCCAAUUUAUGUUGCCAGAAUUAUAUAUCCAUUUAGAAAAAUGUGACUCUAAUAAUUUGUUCUUUUUUUUCAGAAUGUUGUUGGUUUGGUUCAAAAGAGAAUUUAUUUGGGAUGAUGUUUUAAGAUUAUGGGAGAUUUUAUGGACAGAUUACUAUAGUUCACAAUUUCAUUUAUUCUUUGCGUUAGCUAUUUUACAGAAGAAUGAAAAAAUUAUAAUCAAUCAUUUGAGACAAUUUGAUGAAGUCUUAAAAUACAUCAAUGAUUUAUCAAUGACUUAUAAAUUGAAUGAUUUAUUGACAAGAUCGGAAUUGUUGUUUUUGAAGUUUAGAAAAAUGGUUGAAAUUAUUGAUAGAUCAUCUGAACCCUCUGAUGCUAAAAGUCCAAUAAAUGAUAAUUUAAGAUUAUUAUUAUCUAAAGAGUUGGUUAUUCAAAAGGAAACAACAAGGGUACAAGGGUAA